AUGGCGACCCCGCUGCCAGAUUUGCCGAGGAGCGCAGGGAGGGCUGCCGGGACGCCGGCUCCCUCCCAGGAGAGCAGCGGGGACUUGACUCCUUCCCCCUGGCUAGCCCAGCGGGCUCCUCUCAUCCCCCCUGCAGUGCCCCAGUCCCAGGCGGGACCCCGGCCCGGGCCAGACAGGAUCAAAAAGAAAGAGCUUGGUGUGUUGGAAAUCCCAUCAAUUCCAAACCCUUUUCCUGAGCUAUGUUGCUCUCCGCUUUCAUCAGUUUUGUCAGCCGGCCUGUUGUCCAAGGCAACUUCAAGAAAAAAGCAGGUAAUUAAAGUAUACAGUGAGGAUGACACUAGCAGAGCUUUGGAAGUGCCAAGUGAUGUAACAGCCAGAGAUGUAUGCCAGCUAUUAAUACUCAAGAAUCAUUUCAUAGAUGACCACAGCUGGACACUGUUUGAACACCUUCCUCGCAUAGGUCUAGAAAGAAUUCUAGAAGACCACGAAUUGGUAAUUGAAAUUCAGUCAAACUGGGGAAUCGAAGAAGAAAAUAGACUGUAUUUUAGAAAAAACUAUGCCAAAUAUGAGUUUUUUAAACACCCAGUGAAUUAUUUUCCAGAGCAUAUGGUGUCGUUGUCAAGCGAGACUAGUGGAGUGAUAAGCCACACACAGAUAUUACAGAUGUUCCUAAGUUCCAGCACAUAUCCUGAAAUUCAUGGUUAUUUGCACGCAAAGGAGCAAGGGAAGAAAUCAUCAUGGAAAAAAUUAUACUUUCUUUUGAGAAGAUCUGGCCUGUAUUUUUCCACUAAAGGGGCAUCAAAGGAACCAAGGCAUCUGCAGUUUUUCUGUGAAUUCAGCAGUAGUGAUAUGUAUAUGUCUUUGGCAGGCAAAAAGAUGUCUGGAACACCAGCAAACUAUGGAUUCUGCUUUAAGCCUAACAAAGCAGGAGGAGCCAAAGACCUGAAGCAGCUCUGUGCAGAUGAUGAGCAGAGUAGGACUUGCUGGAUGACAGCAAUUAGAUUACUUAAGUAUGGAAUGCAGCUGUAUCAGAAUUACAUGCAACCAUAUCAAGGUAGAGGUGGCUGCAGUUCUCUGACUAUAUCACCUAUGAGAAGCAUUUCAGAAAGUCCUUGCUCAAUAGUGUUUUGUUAUUUUUUGUGUUUUUCCCUUUUACAGCUGGAAGAUGAUGGAAAGCUAUUCUAUACACUGGAUGAUGGUCACACCAGAUUUACUGAUCUCAUCCAGCUUGUGGAGUUCUACCAGCUCAAUAAAGGAGUAUUACCUUGCAAGUUAAAACACUAUUGUGCCCGAAUUGCUCUUUAACCAAAACCAAGUUGGAUCACCAAAUAGAAAAAAGUUGAUGCUAGAACACUUUUCCAAGGCAAUUUCCUAGGAGGAAAAGUCAAAAUAUUGAAAUGGUUGUGAUUUUCAGAUGCAAAGAAAAGUUUAUAUGCUCUGUACAGGAAGUACUUUGCAUUGUAAUUGUCACUGCAAAAUAACUUUACAGUCAAAUGAACUUAAGAAAAAAAUAUUUCAUGUGAAAUUAUGUAAUGUUGCAGCACUGGAAUCUUUUUCAAAUGCAAAUAGAUAUUUUUAAUAUUAUGCAACUUUAUUUACCAAAAUAAAAUUGGAGGGUGCCUCAUUGUUAGUAAUAGAUGACUAAUAAAUGAGUUAAUUGCAUUCAGAAAUGCUCUAUGCUGUGGAAUAGAAAUUGUGUGUGUGGAGUAUAACAUCAGCUUUGGGUGGAAGAACUCUAGAAGCUGGAUCGUACUUAAUUUGUAAAUCAAAAUUAUUUUGCACUAUAUUUUUAAAUGCUAUUUUGUCGCUUAUUGCAUUCAAAAGUGAAAAUAUU